AACAACCCUUCAGCGCAGCCUAUUGCAAAGGCACGGCACUCUCUGCAGAAAUGAGACUGGGCAUGCCUGCCAGCAGCCUUGAGGAGGAUACUCUCCCAUUUACCAAGGCACCGCAUCAUCUUCCAGGCUGACCCGAGCUGCUGCCAGGAUUUACAGAGACACGGGGAAGCAUCAAAUCCCCCGGGCAGAGGCAGCGGAGCGCGCAGGCUGCCGCCGGCUGCUGUAGCGUGUCCCCGGGAGCCGGGGACAGGCGGGCACGCACACGGACACGGACACAGAUACGGACACAGAUACGGACACGCACACACGGACACGCACACGGACACAGAUACGGACACACACACGGACACGGACACACACACACGGACACACACACGGACACGCACACGGACACGCACACGCACACGGACACACACAGGAACACACGGACACACACACGGACACGGACACGCGCGGUGCGUGCGCGCAGCCCGCCGAGGUAAGUCCAGCCCCCAGCAUCCAGCGGGGCCAUCCUUCUGCUGCUGGAUUUUUCCAGCCGGAGCAUCCUGCCGGCUCUGCCGUGAUUUAUGGAAAGCGGUUUCUGACGCGGGGCUUUUUCUAUUACGACACGGACCCACGGACUGGAGAAGGCAAAGCUGCAGUCAGGGCAGAAGUGAGGGAGGGGAAGAGGCGGGAGCACAGGGACACGGAGUGGAGAGGACAGAGGGAGAAACAGGCACCGAGACACUUCAGAGAUGGGUGAGUUAUAACUGAGAGAGCAGGAGGAAAGGCAGAGAAAGGCAGAGAAGGAGAGCCGUGAGGAAAAGAAAGGGAAAGGAGAUCAGAGACUGAGUCAGCCUCCAGAGGGCAAACACCAGGAGACGAGUUCAGGGAACACCCCAGCACACCAAGAAGGACCUGUUCUGUCUGAAUCUUCACCAUGAGCACAAGGAAGAGUUGCCCCCCGGCACUGGGGCAAGGAGACCAGGAGGAGAAGCAGAGCGAGGGUGCUCCCGACCUGGAGCGACAGGAGUGUGAGAUGGAGCUGAGGAACAAAGCUAUUCUGCAACAGAAGAGGCGCCUCAAACAGGCCACCCAGUUCGUGCACAAGGACUCUGCUGAUCUGCUGCCCCUGGAUGGCUUGACAAGGCUUGGCACCUCCAAGGAUCUGCAGCCUCACAGCGUGGUCCAGCGGCGCCUCUUGGAAGGCAACCUGAACAAGCUGCGGGGCGAGGCCAGGGGUCUGUCUGCACGGGUUCAAUCUCCGCUGGCCAAGGACCAGGAUGAAAAGAUGGAAAAGGGAGAGGACAGGAGAAAAGAGGCUUCACCCCUGCUAAUACAGUGCCAGUGCCAAGGUCAGGUAUUGAAAGCAACUGUUAACACUGGGUGUCUACCAAACCUCAUCUCCAAGAGGUGUUUAAACCAGCUGGGGCUGGAAGAAGUGUCUGCCAUGGACUGUGGAGACCUCUCUCCUCCCAUCCCCAGCGUUGUUGGCCGAGUAGAACAUCUGGAGUUGCAGUUUGGCCAUGAGACAGUGCUGUGUUCAGCACUGGUUGUAGAUGAUGAAAUGCUGGAGUUUUGCAUUGGCCUCCAGACUCUGUUGUCUCUUAAGUGUUGCAUCGACUUGGAGGAAGGAGUGCUGAGAUUUAAAGCACUGAGUGAGGAGCUGCCUUUUCUACAUGCCUCUGAAGAGCCUGGUCAGUGACUGGCUGCAUUCCCCAUGUCUGGAGACUUGCUGCCAUGAGAGAGAGAGAGAGAUGAGGGUGAGGCUCCCAUGCCCCAAACCUUGCUGAGUUCUAGGCUGAGGCAUUCAAUGGGGAGUGAGAAAAAGGCAAGUGGGUGCUGGAAGCUGUCACUGGGAGUGCCUCAACUUGAGAUAUCCCUCCUUUCAGUGGACCCUCUUGCUUGUCCUGAUGUGCCAAGCGGGCAUUUUGUUCUUGUUCUGCUAUUUGGCCCUAGUCACUCAAAUUUCUGGUUCUGUAAUAAAUUUAUGCUACCCCUUUAAUGACUUUACAACACACUCUGUUCACAAGAGAGUCUCUGUGAACAAUCUAUCUCCAGUUGUUCUGUUGACAGGAGAACAGCAUUUUCUUCAAAGACCUCCAAAGAUUACCACAAAUGUUUCCCUUCUCGUUGCCUCAAUGCCAGCGUACACCAGUCCUGUUUCUUUGUCAGAAGGGCUCUGUUCCCUUUGUUUGUACUCUGGGAAGCUGGAUUUUGCUGCUUUUUGCUGGCUCAGAGCAGAACAGAAGUAUUUUCUUGGGAAAACUGUGGCAAAAACAGUUUUAGAGCUCUCAGUUCUAAGAAACCUUCACAGAAAUGUUGAGUGCAGACACCUAAAGGACUGACAGGGGCUUGGGCUUUGCCAUUGCAUCUCUGGGCACUAAGCUAUAUUAUAUGAAUGGCAAUGCUUACCAUCUCUUGGUGCACACCCUGUUCUUCUGGCCAGGCCACUCCUCUCUGCACUCCAGCUGCUAGAGCUGCGUCCCUGUUCCCUCUGCUGCUUCAUCAGAGAUCCUGCCACUCAGUUUAAAUGCUGAGAUGAAUUACAGCACCAAGUCUUCUGCUCUGUCAGCUCCCUUCUUCCAACUUGAAAUCCAGUGAUUAAACACAGACACAUCAUCAGCCUUGAGUCCUGGCAUCACACAGUCCAUCAACUUUGCUUCUCUUGCACCAAAUGAGAAUUUGUAGCAUCAGCUCUGGUUAGUAAGCUGUGAACUCAUCUGGAAUGUUAAAGGUGAUUAUUAAGUCACUUAACAAUUGGGUUUAUUUGAUUUCUUUAAUUCCUUUUUAAUUUUCAUACUAAAUCAUAGCUAUAUUAAAAAUACAUAAUCUAUUCUUAACUAGUUCUAGGAAAAAUGCACCAGAUCAGGGCUUGUUCCAUGCCUCAUGGCUACUGAUUCACUGUCCAAACUGCAAACUAUACCUUUAUCCACCUUUAAAAGGCAAUGACAAGCCCAUUUGGCCUAUUUUCCUGGAUUAAACACUACUGACUCUCUUCCUUUUUUAUCAAACUGGUCAUUGUCCCUGUUGUGCUUCUCAAAAAACGUCUGUAUGCAUUUUUGCCUUUUUUUUUUUUUGUUAGUUCUUUUCUCCACUAGUUUAACACAUGCUAAGGACAUUAGAGUAAAGCCUGGCUGAUAUGAUUUGGGAUUCACUUACCAGUGAUGGUUGGUGUGACUGGCAUCUGCUGCUCCCACAAGGAGCAGCAGACUUUUACUGUUAGUCAUCAUAUCUUGCAGCUUCUGAUACAUUCCUUGACAUCUCUGCCACUCUUCUACUUGUGCAUCUGACUAUUUCUGGCUGCAUGAACUGCUUUCCAUGAAUCUCUCGAGUGACACCAAUGGUUCUUUCAUUUAGUCAGGAAAGCAUGCCUGCUCCAUGAGCCUGUCUUCCAAAGCAGCAGUAAUUCCUCCUGGAUUUGUAUCACUUGCAUGCCUGACUGGCUUCUCAAAUCCCUAUCAAGGGGUCUAGACAGCUCACACUUGUACUAAACCAUCUUGUAUUCCAGCUGCAGUCUAUGUGGUGCCUGGGCCAAUUCUGCUGACAAAAUCUUGCUUGUGAUAGGCAAAACACCUGUUGCUAUAUGCAUCAACUCACCCAGUUUCCAAAUCCCACUGCCCUCUAAAAACAGCAUGUAGAACAAGGGCAAAUAGUCCAUACAUACAGAUACCAUGUCCACUACAUAUCUUAUUAAUUUCUAUGAUCUAUUUAAAAAACCCUCUAAAUCACAACCCAAAAGCUGACUUCAGCCCUAACCCAAACAAUAAACCCUAACAAUGACACUAAAUCUAAGAUGUAAGGCCCUAAAUCCUAAUUCUAAAUUUAACUCCUAAAACAAACUCUAAAAUUUAAUGCUAAUUUUAACACCCAAAUCAAAUCUCCACCUCCUAACUAUAAAACGAAACAUUAAAAAUAACGCCCUAAAUUUAAACUGUAACCCCAACAUUUACAGUGGGACUUUAAACCCAAAACAGAAACCUAAUCAUAAAGACAUUAACUAUAAACCCUAAUCCCAAAACCUAACCAUAAUCCCCCACCCUAAUGCUAACCAUGAAGCUAAUCCCAACCCCUGAACCUAAACUCCAAGGCCUAAACCUCACCCCUAUCUCUAAACUGCAAACCAUGUAACAAAACCUAACCCCAACUCUAAACAUAUCCCUACACCUACCCACCACCACCUAACCCAUAUCCCUAACCCUGCACCUAACCACCACCACCUAACCCUAUCUGAUGGCUUUUGUCAUUCCCACAAGGGGCCCUGCUUCCCUCCAGAGCACCCUGGAGCUUCUGCUAAGUUUUGCUUUGUCCUGCAAGGGGCCCUGCUGCCUUUCAGAGUGUCCCAGGGCUUUGCCAGGCUUUGCCAAGCCCAUAUGGGGCCCAGCUUCCCUGUGGAGGAGCACAGGGCUUUUGUUGGGCUUUGCUGAUGCCCAGGCAGGUCUCUGCUGCCUUCCAGAGUGUCUGACAGCUUUUGCUGGGCUUUGCUGGUGCCCACAAGUGCAUGGGAAGGGGAGGGCCACCAACAGCCACUUCCUCACGAGAGCAGUGCCCCGUGUCAGUUUGGCAGCUGGGUCCUGGCUAGGGCAGGGUGUAGGUAAGCAGGAGCCUUCAAACUGAAGCCAGCAGGAAUCUUUCCAAUGAUUUAAAAGGAGUGUUGGAUGGGAUCCUACAGAAAACUGCCACAACUUUGAGCUGACAAUUCUGUUUUGACUACUGCCUGUCACUUGCAGCCCUGCAGAUACUGCACUCUAGCUGCUGCUGGAAUUCACCAGGUGCUGUUCCUACAUGUCUGUCUUGGAAUAACUGCUUUUGCUCACAUCCAGAACAUCCUCCAGCCUUUUUGAAGCCUUUCUGUGGAUCAUAUGCCUCAUAUCCAAAACCAUUAACAGUUCAGGCUCAUUUUUGAAUUGAUGUGCUACAGGAGGUGAAAAUCUCCAGCCCUAUCUAUUUUUCUCUUCUCUGCUCAGUGACUCCUUUGCAUCCUCCUUUCCUUCUUUUCACACUGGUAAGUGGCAAAUUUUCUUCAAAAAGGAAUUCUUUCCUUUUUAGAGAAUCCUUUUAACACUUGCCUUGUACCCUGGCUGCUAAUACACUCCCACAUUGUGCCACAAUCUUGCCAGCCUUUCCUCUUUGUUAACAACUGCAUGUAUAAAUUCUCAGUCACAGAGAGGAUGUUUCCAAGAAAGCAAUAAAUUAAUAAAUUUCUCUGCCCUGAAAUCAGCUCCAGGGCAGAAGACAUACUCUUCACCUUCCUCCUGUCCAUGUCAGUUGAACAGAGAUCCACUCAGUAGAAGUCUCUUUUGUCCAGACAUUAAGGAAUCUGUUGCCAACAGUUAUCUUGGAACCUCCCCAUCCAGCUUUGCUGUGGGCAGAACUUCCAGAAAAAAAUAUUUAUAUGACUAAAUGAGAAUUGCAGGUCAUGAUGCCAUGGCAGACACCUCACUUCAACCCAUUCACUAAAUCACAGUCUAACCCUACAGGGUCAGUACCUGCUUUCCCCACCCACACAGCUCCUAGUGGGUUUUCAUCUCCCCAAGUUACUUGGCACAAAAUGACACACAGCUACUACAUUUGACAUCUGUACUCUGAAUUCUAGCCCACAGAUAUUUUUCUUUCUCCAAAGCAUUUUUGUGUCAUUACAUCUGAAGCACAAUCUCCAUUGUGAAAGAAGGAAGUCUUGGCUUUAAAAUGUGAUUGUAAAAUAGGACUUACAACAUCUCAAAAAAGCCAACUCAACUCCCAUCUACAAACAUGGUAAUUUUUAAGUCUUCCAACACUGGGAAGCACAGUAAGUAAUUUUUGAGGGGGCUGGCAAGGCUGAAGACUGUCUUAAUUGUAGUUUCUCUUGGAAGUCUAUUAUACAGAUAUACUUCCCUACUCCCAAUUCCAGUCAUCUCUAUUGCUUUUGGGAGAUAAAGGGAACAAAGGAAUAAUCUAAAGGUCUUUCUCACUGAAAAUCAAAAAUGCCAACACUUUCAUACAGAAAGCAGAAGUUCAGUACAAAGUGCCAGCUCAGAGCAGGACAUAGGUACAUCCUGUAUGUGUCCAACACUGGCUUCCUUGUGAUGAGAUCUGUCCCUCCAAUAUAAAAACCGGAAUGUUAUUAUUUUAGGGAUAAUCUCUUUGAACCACCUUGGUGGUCAGUUCCUAUCAGGGCUGCUUUCUAAUAGAGUGGGCAUGGCAGCUGUGAAACAGUCUGCAGGGAAAGAUCUGCCAUGGCAAAUCUCUAGAACAGUGUGCAAUACAACUGGGGUGGGGAGAAGGACUUGUGUCCUUCCUGAGAACAGGCACUCUGCCAAAGCAUAAUCAGGACCACUUCCAGGAGCUUGGGGUCACUUGCUUUUGAACAGAAUGGGAGCUGCAGCCAUCCAUAUUCCCAGAGGCUUGCUCCUUUCACCACCACCAGGUGAGCUCUGGCAUUGAAGACCAUUGAGCCAAAUACCUACAUUUGCAUUCAAUCCUCCUUUCAAGAGAUUCCACUGGCACAUGCCAGGAUACACCUAAAGAGUUAUAGAAGUAACUAAAUUAUAGCAGAAAGAUAAUAAAAACAAAGGCAGGGAUGGAGAGCAGGUUUAUUACGUCUCAGGAAAAUAAGGCAACCCCCUCCCUUUAUUUUUUUGCUAGUAAAUUGAGCAUCAGAACCAAAGCCAUGAAUCAUUUAUCUGCAAAUACCCCCAGUGCCUGAGAAUACUGUCAGACUCCUCACUUGCUGUGUGCUGGCACUGGGACAUACAAAGCUGUCCUGCAAAUGCUGCCCUGUUGAAAAGUUUCCCAGCACCAGCAGGUUAUGCCAAUCUGCUAGAGAAGGAUACAGCAAACAUUUUCUGCUGUGUGGGAAGGAACCACUUCUAAUUCCAACUCUGUGGCUUGUGUCGGCUGGCAAGGACAAAGAGGCAAUUAGUUACAAAGAAAGUAUAAUGUAACUCCAUCACUCCAGAGACAGGGCCUUAAGGGGCUCCUUCCCUGAGAAGAUGGACACUUCAGAAAAAUUGUUACCAGCAGAAGUAGCCUGAAUAACAGACUUCAGGAAGUAUUUGGCACUUAGGAGUUCAAGGCAGGAAAAAAUAAGGAAAGCCAUCUUUUGGCCAAGGAACAGUACAGAGGUUCACUUUAUUCUUCUGUAGACACUUUUCAUUUUCUCUUGUGCACAAGGGGCACAGGAGCAAAAUGCAUCUGCAAGUUAUUAUGUGCUGCAUGCAAUACAAAACUGUCAGGGGAAGCCCUCAAAUGUUAGUAUUUUUCCUCUCCAAUGGUUUUUAAGAGCUGAAAAGUUUUGGGGAACAGAUGUUUUUGUAGUGUCUGUAUUUUCUCACCUCAGCUUUUGAUAGUGUGCAUUGCCUGGGCUUGCACAGCAAUUUUAUCCUCAGGCCGGCAAAAGAGGGUUAGGGUGCACAAUAUUUGCAAGGCUUUUGCCCCAUUUUCUUUUAAAGAUGGUUCUUAGAAAAAUGUCAUCUCUUCUUCAGCAACCAUUUCUCAUUCUUUCUCAACAAUGAAUAGUCCAACAGUGGAUCAGUUUGACCUUCCUUUCUUGGAAAUCAUUCAACCUGUACAGCAAAGUUUGUUUUGCAUAAAACAGUUCCAGCCAUGUGCACCCAUCUGUACACCCCUUGCGCUUGUGUUGCUAAUAAAGGUUUAUAUUUGGUGUUGCUAAUAAAGGUUUAUAUUUGGCAUGGACAGACAGCA